AAUACCUUUCUGUUGAAUUCUUCUUGAGUAUUAUUCUAUAAAUAACAUGUUUUACUGAAAGCUGAGGCGUCAGAUCUGACUCCAUCCUCUGACACGCAGCUUUCUAUAAGAUCUGAGAACCUGCUGCAUCGAGCAUCGCAGUCAGCUCCAGCAGAUUUGAGGUUUGACUUCAGAGGACCGCCGUCAUGACUCCAGUUUUGCUUUUCGUCCUCUUCAUGUCUUUGUCGGCCAUUCCUCCGGGUGCUACUGAUAACGGGGAAAGACAAGAGUCUUUGGACGCCUCUGACAUCAUCGAGAGAGCUAAUGCUCACAUAACUACGCCCCUGGUCGACGGCGACAUUGUGCCAAAUCUAAGAAGGAAUGCAGAUAGCUGCACGGCGAAAGGCUGCAAAUGGCCCAAAUCGCCCAAAUCUAGACUCGUAAACGUACCGGUCUACAUCUCCCCCGACUACACCAGAACAGAGCGCAGCACCAUCAGAAGAGCCCUGGUGACCUUCCACGCAUCCACCUGCAUUCGCUUUGUCCUGAAGACCACCCAGCGAGAUUACCUCGACUUCUUCUCUGGAUCUGGGUGUUGGUCCUCCCUGGGCCGACAGGGUGGAGGACAGCGCGUCUCCCUGAAGAAAAAUAGUUGUGUGAGCACAUCCACAGUGCAGCACGAGGUUCUCCACGCUCUGGGCUUCAACCACGAGCAAGUCCGCUCCGACAGAGACCGAUACGUCUCCAUCCUCUCCCAGAACAUUAAGACAGGAAAAGAACAUAACUUUAAGAAGAAGAAAACUAACAACUUGGGUACUCCCUACGACUUCGACUCUGUCAUGCACUACGGAAAAUACGGCUUCAGCAAAAACGGCAAACCAACCAUCCUCGCCAAGAGCAAUCCGAGUCGUGACUUUGGGACUGCUCGUACCAUGAGCAAGAAUGACAUUGCCCGUGUCAACAAGCUUUACCAGUGUACAUAAACGGAAGUGAAGGGUCGGCCUCCAGAUAAUUCAACUCCCGGCUUUCUAUGAUUCCACCAAAGGUCCAGAUCUGUUGUUUAACAGUGGCUGGCUUUCAAAUCAUUUGUGAAUGGAUUUAAAUCAUUUCCUCUCUUUAUUGGUUUUAAAAUAUACUCUUUACGAUAUGCUUAUGGUUUUACUUAGUGGGUUAAAGACACAUUAUAUUGUUAAUGAUGUGUCCAGGGGAAGAACAUUUAAAACAUUUUCAACAAUGAAUUGAUUAAAGAGACAAUGAUGAAAAACA